AUGCAUACCACUGAACCGACGACAAUUACAGAACUUCUCACCUUACGUGCGGGGGCUUCGAACAAUCCUAUUCACUUCCUUGAUGAUUCUGGAGACAUAACAAGUACCUUGACAUUUGUCGACCUUGCGGACUCUGCGAAACAAAUUGCCAAAGCACUUCUCGCGUCAGGCCUUCAGAGUGGCGGUAAAAACAUAGUCGUAACCAAAUUCGAUGACCAGAGAACACAUAUACUCUUCUUUUGGGGAUGUGCCUUCGCUGGUAUUCCUAUAUGUCCUCUUCCGCCUUUUCACCCCGACGAAACUCGACAAGCUCUACUUCUGAAUCACCUUCAGAACCUUUUCCACAAACCUACCUUCAUAUCUGACUCUGCAACACUCUUAAUCGUUAAGAAGCUGGUUCCAGAGUUUAAAAUCGUCGACGUCCAGCAAAUUACCAACUCGACAUUAAGAUUCGACCCAUCCCUGGAUGACGCGAUUUAUCCUUCGCGUGUUGCCUCGACAGAUGAGACAGUUGCCAUUAUGCUGACGUCAGGAUCUACGGGAAACUCUAAAGGAGUGGUCCUACCACACUCAGUAUUACUGUCAGCCGUAAGAGGAAAAACACAGAAACAUGGUACCCGGGAAAGCGACAGCUUCCUCAAUUGGAUCAAUUUCGACCAUGUGGCAAAUGUCACAGAAACACAUCUUCAUGCUAUCUGGGCCGGCGCAUCCCAAUACCAGGCUUCACCAUCUUCGAUAAUUCGCAAGCCACGAAAUUUGCUUGAUUGGUGUUCUAAGUACAAAAUUACCCAUACGUUCAGCCCAAACUUUCUGCUGGCCCAAAUUUGUCGGGAUGCUUCUCUUUCUUCGGCAUCUUUGGACCUAUCGGCGCUUAGAGUUUUGAUUACAGGUGGUGAAGCGAACCCUGUUACGACAGCCGUUGAGUUCAGUGAUAUCAUUGAACGCUUCGGCAGUUCCCGGACAACGGUAAGGGCCGCGUUUGGAAUGACUGAAACGGGGGCAGGAAUCAUAUAUAACAACUUGCCAAUACGACCUGCCGUCGCGGACUAUGGGACUUUGACCUAUCUUUCGAUUGGUACUUCUCACGAUGGAGGAAGGGUCCGCAUUAUGGAUCCCCAAACAUCGCUACCUUGUCCUCCAGGUGCCAUUGGACAGUUGCAAAUGUCUGGACCGUCUAUAUUCUCCCAAUACUAUGCGAACGAGACCGCUACAAAUGACUCUUUCACUUCGGAUGGCUGGUUUGUUACUGGAGACCUUGCAUUGGUUGACGACGAUGGUAAUGUUCACAUGCUUGGCAGACACAAGGACGUCAUCAACGUCAACGGCGUCAAACAUCCCAACGUUGACAUUGAGCACUACAUAGCAGACUCCAACAUUUCUGGGGUUGAAAGUUCACUUGUUUUUGUGUGUGCAUUGCGACUUGAAGGUGCUGAUACCGAAACAUACACUGUGUUCUACCAGCAUACCGACGUGGCAAUCGAGGAGGCUACUUUGAACUCAUUGACUGACGACCAAUUGGAGAACGUGCUCAAUACAAGUCAACGCAUACGAAAUGUCUGUGCGGCCUUUUGUUCACAGGCUCCCCAUGUGGUCCUUCCUCUUCCCCGAGUUUUCUUCGUCAAGACUGCCCUGGGAAAGGUUUCACGUAUCGCGCUAGCGAAGGCCUAUGGAGAAGGAAAGUUUAAUGUCAUCGAAAAGUUCAUUGGCGAGGCUUCUGCUCGGCGGCAACAGGCUCGCGCAUCCUCCAAUGCCCCCCGGUCGCCGUUGGAGCAGGUUGUUUGUGAAGGAGUAUCCGUUAUUUUCGAGAUUGACUUGGCAUCUAUCGAUCUGUCUCUGAACAUCUUCGACAUGGGCGCGUCAUCUAUGCACCUUAUCCGGUUGAAAACGUUCCUUCAGGACCAUUUCGGAAUUGUAAACAUUCCUACCAUCGAGCUGCUACAACGUCCAGUUGUAUCCGAUAUUGCGGCCUACGUCCAAGAGCUGGUCAACAAAGGGAACGAUCAUCAGGCGUCCUACAACCCACUCCUAUGCUUCAAUCCACAAGGAUCUAAACCACCUCUAUAUCUUGUCCACCCUGGUGUUGGCGAAGUUCUCAUCUUCAUUAAUCUUGCCCGUGUUCUGAAUGACGAUCGACCGGUUUAUACUCUGCGUGCCAGAGGCUUUGAAGCCGGCGAAACACCUCCCUCGUCUAUGCAAGAAAUGGUCGAUAUAUAUACGGAUGCCAUUUUGAAAAACAACCCCACCGGUCCAUACUAUAUAGCUGGAUACAGCUUUGGCGCGGGAAUUGCUUUCGAGAUAGGAAAACUACUCGAGAAGAAGGGUAAGGUGGUUCCUUGGCUGGGCGUGCUAAACCUGCCACCUUUCAUUCAGUUCCGAGUAAAAGAAUUGAUAUGGGUGGAGACAUUAUUAAAUCUUUCCAUGUUCUUGGCAUUGAUUCGGUCAGAAGAUUUUGAACACUUCAAAACUGCUCUUCUUCUGCAAAAUCCUGGUGGAGACUCUGAUGUAGAGCCCUCAAACUCGAGGGAGCUUAUCGAAUGGACAUAUGCGCAUUGCAACCAAUCCAGGCUUGCGGAACUCAACAUGCCUAUCGACUACUUCCAUCGUUGGGUCAAUGUUGCGUACGAUGUAUCGUACACUGGACGAACGUACCUGCCUUCGGGUCGGAUUGAAGGCGCGUUGACUACUGUAUUUUGUGCCAUUCCUCUCCCUUCUAUGGGCACCAGAGAGGAAUACAAACGUGAUCGACUUUCUAAAUGGAAAGAGUACUCUGGGAAACAUUUCGAGAUGAUCGAUGUCGACGGCGAGCACUACACCAUGAUCUCCGAGGAGCACGUCGAAUCCUUUGCUUCGAAGAUGAGGGCUGCUAUUCACCGUGCUGAAGCCCUACAGUCCCCACCGGUUCCUCCUACCAUAUCCCCCAAGCAAGAUUUCGAUGCUGUCCCAACGAUCGACUUCUCCCUGGCCAAAUCGAAUCCUUCAGAGUAUUACAAACAGUUAAAAUUUGCUCUAGAGGAUGUUGGAUUUGGGAUCUUUGUCAAUGUUCCUGGGUUCGAACAAUCCUUCCAAGAUGAAGUCUUCGAUCUGGUCGCUCAAUUUUUCAACAAGCCCGCGGAGUGGAAGAGUGCCAUUGGAACUGAGCAUUCCGCUUCCCUUCGCGGCCACUUCCGAGGGGAUACAAUCGAAGGCCCUCACAAGGCAUAUGCUGAGGCAUACCGCUUUGGGGCCGAAAGACCUGCUCACAUCGACCCAGAUGUUCCCUUCUGGCUUCGAAUCCACGAAGGUCCAAACCAGUGGCCACCAGCAGCGGAUCUCCCUGGAUUCCGAAAGACUAUUGAAACGCUUUUUGAACGUUAUCGUAUCCUGAACUUGGAGCUGAACGAGCAUAUUGCACGGCUUCUGGAUGUCCCAGCAUCAGUGAUCAGCGAUUAUUUCCCCUCAGAGACGGAGUUCAACUGUGCCAUCUGGCAUUACCUUGCUCUUACUCCUGAGAUGAAAGCUUCAGAGCGCGAAGGAUUUGUAAAUGGAAUGCACGAGCACCGAGACCCUUCAACGUUCCUCACUUGUUUAAUUCAAUCACGUCCUGGACUUCAAGUCCAAAAUCACAGCGGAAAGUGGAUCGACAUUCCAAUGGUUGAAGGAGGAGUAGUGUGUAAUGUCGGGAUGCAAUUUAUGCGCCUCACUGGCGGAAAGCUAGUGGCCACAACCCAUCGUGUCAAUACACUCAAGAUCGAUCAAGACCGAUACACUAUUCCGUAUGUGCUCACCACAAAACUCGAAAAGCCCAUCCUCCCUCUACCUCAGUUUGACAACCCAGCCAUGGCUAAAGUUCAUGUAGCUCCAAAUCCUAAGGUUCAGGCCCUCAUGUCCAUUAAGGAUCCUUUGACUCGCAGUGGAUAUGCGAGAUUGAGCCUGUUCCCCGCUGCGGCCCAGAAAAUGUACCCCAAAGAAUGGGAAGAGGCAAGGCAGCUAGGUAUCGUCUAA